AUGUCCAUACCACACCGAAACGGCUGCGCAACCUCGAAAGACGCCCACGAAACUUUUCAGCGACAAGCCAAAGCUCUCGCACAAUUCAGCCUGCGACUGGGCAAACGAGUCCCCUCCGCGAUGAUAUCCCGUCUCUCUUGGGCAGACUUCGACCGCGAGCCGUUCACAUCUAGUUCUUUUGGGCAGUCGUUGAAAAUAAGAGGCAUUGGGCUAACAUUUAAAUCUUCAGCCGCGGCCACGUCUCCGCCGGUCAUGGUCGUGUAG